UUGCAGCUUGUUUCGUUGUACAUUUUGUGGACUUGGGCCUGAGUGGAGACCGGGAGGUUAACCAGGCCGAGAGGAGCUUGUUCUAUGACUCUUGGCCUGUCACCAUGGCGUACAAAUCACGCUUUUCAUUCUGGGAGCAAAAGGUCAAAGUUGAAAACAAGUCAGAUUCUGAUGUGGAUAAUAGCCAGCCCGAGGCAGUCUCCAAACCGCUGCUAGAGGCAGAGAAACCUCCACAGUCGACCGCAUCACCUUCUGAACAAAGCAACGCCGACUCUGCCAUGGGCGGUCCAGACACUCCGGGGGAGGAGCAGGGCAAGAAGGUAGUCAGGGUGGUGAGGAGAGUGGUUCGGCGUGUGGUUCCUGCUGCUCCAGAAGAAGCAAAACAAGUUGAAGUUUCAGAUGGUGCUAGAUCUGCUGCUACUGCAGACAAAGACGACAUCUCCAUGGGGCUGACCAGUCUAAUGGGCAGAGGGCGCACCAAGGAGCAUCGGAUUCGCACUCGGACCCUGGACCGCAAAGAGGAUGUAAAGCAGGAGGAACAAAAGGAAGAAGAGGCAACUUCCAUGUCAAAUACAGCACCAGCCAACACUGUGCAAGCAAAGCCCAAUCCACUCACUCCUCCAGCUGGGUUCAUCCCUGCUCCUAAACCUGACCCAUUAGCUCCUCCCCCUGGAUUUAUACCUGCUCCUAAGCCCAAAGUGGACCCUCUUGCCCCACCUGCAGGGUUCAUACCUCCUCCCAAGCAGGACCCCCUGGCUCCUCCUGCUGGUUUUGUUCCAGCUCCCAAACCAGACCCCCUUGCUCCUCCAGCUGGCUUCAUCCCUGCUCCUAAACCAGUGCCUAAACAGAACCAGUUACCACGAAUCCCAGGGUUUCUCCCUCCUCCCAAAGCUGACCCUCUGAGCCCUCCUGCAGGGUUCAUCCCACGGCCCAAGUCUCAAGCCACUUUUGUGAAGAGACCAGAGGUAAAAGAAGCUGCAUCCAAUGAUCCAUUACCCCAGACUCUGAAUGAACAGGCAGCUCCAAAGGCCCCAGAACUGAUUCCCACAGAGGAAGACCACAAGCGUGUAAUGAGGAUCUUUGCUGCCAAUGACAACAAUCGUGCCAGAGGCCGCAAAUCCUCUCAGUCCAAACCUGCUGAGGACCCAGUGGCCGUCCUUCAGGCAGCUCACUCUGCAGCGAAGAGCAAGACCGAGGAGCAGAUCACAGCUGAGAAGACCUGGUACAACACUGAAAAAGUAUGGCUGGUUCACAAGGAUGGCUUUUCAAUGGCGACUCUCCUGAAGACAGAAGCCGGCAGUCUGCCAGAAGGGAAGGUGAAAAUCCGCCUGGAGAGUGAUGGAUCUUUAUUGGAUGUAGACGAGGAUGAUGUAGAGAAGGCAAACCCUCCGCUGUUCGACCGCGUGGAGGACCUGGCCUCUCUGCAGUAUCUCAAUGAGUCCAGUGUGAUGCAUUCUCUUCGCCAGCGCCACGGGGCCAACCUGGUGCACACCCACGCAGGGCCCAGCAUGGUGGUCAUUAACCCCAUUAGUGCCCCGUCCAUGUACUCCGAGAAGGUGAUGCAGAUGUUCAAGGGCUGCAGGAGAGAAGACACAGCGCCUCAUAUCUACAGCAUGGCCCAGACUGCUUACAGAAACCUCCUCACCACUCGCCAGGAUCAGUCCAUUGUUUUGCUGGGAAAGAGUGGCAGCGGCAAGACCACCAGCUGCCAGCAUAUUAUCCAAUACCUGAUUACAAUUGCUGGUUGCACCAAUAAAACCUUCUCCUCAGAGAAAUGGCAGGCUGUGUACACCGUCUUGGAGGCCUUCGGAAAUGCGUCCACCUGUCUGAAUGGAAAUGCAAGUCGCUUUUCGCAUAUUGUUUCAUUGGACUUUGACCAGUCUGGACAGGUGACAUCUGCAUCUAUACAGACCAUGUUACUAGAGAAAACAAGAGUGACGAGAAGAUCUGAAGGAGAGUCCACUUUCAAUGUAUUUUAUUAUCUAAUGGCUGGAGUGGAGAGUUCUCUAAAAACGGAGCUGCAUCUGAAUCAUUUGUCUGAAAACAAUGCUUUUAGAAUAAUGCCUCCAGCAAAGGCUGAGGACAAGCAGCGUGCUUCUCAGCAGUUCUCCAAGCUUCAAGCAGCUAUGAAGGUUUUGGGCAUAACUCCAGACGAGCAGAGGGCCUUCUGGCUUGUUCUUGGUGCCAUCUACCAUCUUGGAUCUGCUGGAGCAACCAAAGCUGGCAGGAAACAAUUUGCACGUCAUGAGUGGGCCCAGAAGGCGGCCUACCUGCUGGGCUGCACCCUGGAGGAGCUCUCCUCUUCCAUCUUCAAGCACCAGGCCAAGGGCACCCUGCCCAGAGCCAGCACCACCCGCCAGGGCCCUGACGAGAGCGGAGGUGGGGAUGCAGGAUCAAAAGCUACUGCUAUGGAGUGCUUGGAGGCCAUGGCAUCAGGGCUCUACUCUGAACUCUUUACCAUCCUCAUUUCAAUGAUUAAUCGGGCCUUAAAGUCAAGUCAACAUUCACUGUGCUCCCUGCUCAUUGUGGACACACCGGGCCUGCAGAACCCACGUUUGGCCAAACGGGAGUGUGGAGCUUCAUUUGAGGACCUGUGCCACAACUAUACCCAAGAGCGACUGCAAACACUCUUCUAUCAUCGAACAUUUGUGCAGGAGCUGGAGAGAUACAAGGAGGAGAACAUCGAGCUUGCGUUAGAUGACAUAGAACCCAGCACCUCCAUGUCUGUUGCAGUAGUUGAUCAAGCCUCAAGCCAAGCGCUGGUGCGGACUGGUCGCACAGAUGAGGCCAGGGGCUUGCUGUGGCUGAUGGAGGAGGAGGCGCUGCAGCCAGGAGGGUCAGAGCAAACUCUUCUGGGACGUUUGUUUAGCUACUAUGGGCCUGCAGAGGGGGAGAGCAAAGGUCACACGUUCCUCCUGAAGAGUGAGAAGGACCAUCACUUCCUGCUGGGCCACAGUCAUGGUACGGACUGGGUGGAGUACAACACCUAUGGGUGGCUCAACUACGCUAAGCACAACCCGGCCUCAUCUAAUGCUACUUGCCUCUUACAAGACUCCCAGAAAAAGAUCAUCAGUUCAUUGAUUAUGAGCCGAGGUGGAGGGGCCACUGUCCUGUCUGGCUCUGUAGCAGGCCUGGAGGCAGUUUCACAGCUGUCUCUGCGGAGAGCCACCAGCAUGAGGAAGACCUUCACUACAGGAGUGGCUGCCAUAAAAAAGAAGUCACUCUGCAUACAGAUCAAACUGCAAGUGGAUGCACUUCUUGACAUGGUGCGGAGGUCCAAAAUUCACUUUGUUCACUGCAUAUUGCCUAAGGCUGAUGCCCUAAAGGCUCUCAGUGGAUCCCUGUUCAAAGGGGUGGAAUGCGAGACUCCUGGGGAAAAUGGUGAUCCUGGAUUAAUGCAGCUAGAUGUUGCAUUGCUUCGCACUCAGCUACGUGGCUCAAAGCUGCUGGAUACUCUCCGGAUCUAUAGGCAAGGCUACCCAGAUCACAUGGUGUUUUCAGAGUUUCGGCGACGCUUUGAUGUCCUGGCCCCGCACCUCACCAAGAAGCAUGGAAGGAAUUACAUUGUGAAGGACGAGAAGAGAGCUGUGGAGGAGCUACUGGAGUCCUUGGAUUUGGAGAAGAGCAGCUACCACAUGGGUUUGAGCAGGUUGUUCUUCAGAGCUGGCACCCUGGCUAAGCUGGAGGAGCAACGAGAUGAGCAAACGAAGCGUAAUAUAAUCCUCUUCCAAGCUGCCUCCAGAGGAUACCUGGCACGGCAAGCCUUCAAGAAGAGAAAGAUACAAGACAUGGCGAUCCGCUGCAUCCAGAAGAACAUCAAGAAAAACCAUGGGGUGAAAGACUGGCCCUGGUGGAAGCUCUUUACCACAGUGCAGCCUCUGAUUCAGGUCCAGCUGACUGAGGAGCAGAUGAAAGGCAAAGAUGAGGAAAUUCAGCAGAUGAAAGCAAAGUUGGAGAGAGUGGAGAAAGAGAGGAACGAGUUGAGGCUGAACACAGAUCGAUUGGAGAGCAGAAUUGCUGACCUGGUAGCAGAACUGGCCGAUGAGAGGAGCACGAGUGAGUCUGCUUCUCAGAUGCUGGAGGCUGAGACGUCAGAGAGGCUUCGGCUGGAGAAGGACCUCAAGGAUCUACAGGGAAAGUUUGAAGGCAUGAAGAAGCAAAUGGAAGCCCAGGAGAUGGAGGUGAUGGAGGCUCGGCUCAUGAAAACUUCAGAUUUAAAUGGAGAGGUUGACGAUGAUGAUUCUGGAGGAGAGUGGCGGAUCAAAUACAACCGAGCCAUUCGUGAAAUGGAGUUCACCAAAAAGAAACUCCAACAAGAGUUUGAGGACAAGCUGGAGACAGAGCAGCAGAGCAAAAGGCAACUGGAGAGAAAGGUGGCUGAUUUGCAGACAGACCAUGAGGAUGUGCAGCGCUCUGUGCAGCAGCUGAAAAAGAAAUGCCAGAAACUGACGGCUGAGCUGCAGGACACCAAGCUCCACCUGGAGGGCCUGCAGAGCCGCAACCACGAUCUGGAGAAGAAACAGCGCAAAUUUGACCUGGAGCAGAGCCAGACUCAGGCCGAGGCACAGAGAGAGCGCAGCCAGAGGGAGAAACUGGCCCGUGAGAAAGACAUCCUGACUGCUGAGAUGUUUAACCUCCGUCAGCAGCUGCAGGACAAGGACGCAGAGCUGUGUGCAGCUAAUGUGAAAGUGCAGCAGCUGGAGGCCGAGCUACAAGAAAUUUCCUCCCAGGAGUCCAAGGAUGAAGCCUCGCUGGCCAAAGUCAAGAAGCAGCUCCGCGACCUGGAGGCCAAGGUGAAAGACCAGGAGGAGGAGCUUGACGAACAGGCCGGGACUAUACAAAUGCUGGAGCAGGCUAAACUGCGCCUGGAGAUGGAGAUGGAAAGGCAGCGGCAGACCCACUCCAAAGAUAUUGACAGCAAAGAUGAAGAAGUAGACGAGAUCAGACGUUCCUGUAGUAAGAAGCUGAAGCAGAUGGAAGUGCAGCUGGAGGAGGAGUAUGAAGACAAGCAAAAAGUCCUACGUGAAAAACGAGAUCUGGAGUCCAAGCUGUUGAAUGCCCAGGACCAGGUGAGCCAGAGGGACGUGGAGACUGAGAAGAGGCUGAGGAAAGACCUGAAGAGGACCAAGGUACUGCUGGCUGAUGCACAGAUUAUGUUAGACCACCUGAAGAGUAAUGCUCCAAGCAAGAGGGAGAUCGCACAGCUUAAAAAUCAAUUGGAGGAGUCAGAGUUCACCUGUGCAGCAGCUGUAAAGGCCCGAAAAUGUAUGGAGCUGGAAAUGGAAGACCUGCACAUCCAGAUAGAGGACAUUGCAAAAAAUAAGAUUUCGUUGGAGGAACAGGUCAGCCGUCUGCAGAGAGAAAAGAACGAUCUUCAGUCCCGAAUGGAGGAAGACCAAGAGGACCUAAAUGAACUGAUGAAGAAGCACAAGGCUGCAGUCGCCCAGUCUGCCAGGGACUUGAACCAGAUCAGCGACCUGCAGUCCCAGCUGGAAGAGGCCACAAAGGAGAAGCAGGAGAUCCAAGAAAAGCUCCAUUCCCUGCAGAGUCAGCUGGAGUUUCAGGAGCAGUCGAUGGUGGAGAAGUCUCUGGUCAGUCGGCAGGAGGCUAAGAUCCGAGAGCUGGAGACCAAAGUGGAGUAUGAGAGGACCCAGAUUAAACGCUUGGAGAGUUUAGUGACCCGUCUAAAAGAAAAUCUGGAGAAGAUGACUGAGGAGAGAAACCAGCGCAUCGCAGCAGAGAACCGUGAAAAAGAGCAGAAUAAGAGAGUCCUGAGACAGAUAAGGGACAUGAAGGAGGAGAUGACCGAGCUGUCCAAGAAGGAGGCAGAGGCCAGCCGCAAAAAGCAUGAACUGGAAAUGGACAUAGAGAGUUUAGAAGCAGCCAACCAGAGCCUCCAAAUGGAUCUGAAACUGGCCUUCAAAAGGAUAGGUGACCUGCAAGCAGCCAUCGAAGACGAGAUGGAAAGCGAUGACAACGAUGAUCUUAUAAACAGUUUGCAAGAUAUGGUGACAAAAUACCAGAAACGAAAGAACAAAACUGGAGAUGAGACGGAGACAGAUUCGGAGGUGGAGGAUCGUGUAGAUGGAGUUAAGUCUUGGCUUUCGAAGAACAAAGGCACCGCAAAACCUCAGUCAGAAGAAGCCAGUCUGAAGAGCACUAGAUAUGCAGCAAAUGCAGAUGUUGUUGAUGUAAAAGAAGGUAAAGAUAAAACUACUGAUGGAGGCAAAGAUGGAAAAGAAGUUGAACCUGUCCGAUCAGUGUCAGUCAUGAGUUCACUAAGCUACAGGAAACGCUCCAACCUCAAGGACUCCAUAGGGGGCACUGGUGAUGAGAGCUCACUCUUCAGCACUCUUAAAGAACAAAUGGACACGCCAGACCACGCCUCUAUCCGCAAAUCCAAGUCCAAACCCGGAGACCUCCAAGACGACUGGAAAAAGAGCCAGGCUUCAGACGACCUGGAUGACAAAGGUUCUGUCAUCUCCAUGGCUUAUUCUGAAGCCACCAAUCGGGCCAGGAAGAGCUUCGAUUCCCGUUGGACUUCCAAAAGUAGCCCUGAGUUCGACAAGGAAUCAGUGGUCUCGUCCGUCAGGCUUUCCACCAGAAGGGGAAUGCUAGACAUGGACGAUGAUGACAACAAGUCCACCAUCAGCAGCGUUAGCCGAACAAGUCCUCGCUCAAUCCACCGCAGCUCCUCCUGGAAAGACGAAAGACGUAGCAGCUCUCGUCUGUCUCUAGCGCGCAGCUGUGGUCUUAGUGAGUUUGGCCUCCAUGUUGACGACGACGAUGAUAGUCGCAGUGUUGCAUUCACAGAGGGAGGCACAUCAGCUUACAGCCCACGCUCUCUCAGUCGAAGUUUCUCCAACCCAGGUCAAUCUUCCACAACUGAUAGCGCUCUACCAGAAUUGUCUGACAUCAAGACUGUCUCUCACCGAAACUAUUUAGACCCUGAUCUAGAGGCUGCAAUCAAUGAAGUGCUAAGUUUCAAGCCAAUUAAGUUCAAACGCAGCAAACUUGAUGAAUCUAGUGAAGAGGAAGACGAUGAUAAGAAAAGGGAAAUCAAUCGAAAGAAAGAUGAUGAAGGAUUAGGUACUUCUAGUUCGACUUUGGAUUACAGAAAUCGUCCAUCAAGCACUCUGAGCACCAGCAGCUCCAGAAGUCGCAGAGACAAAAAAUCCAAAGUCUCUCUAUCUGAUGAUUCUUCUUCAGAUGAGAGACACAGUAGAAAGAGCUCUAGGGGGAAGAAAAGCAAAAAAUCAAAGAAAAGAGGAAAGAAAAAAGUCAGCGAAUCUGAAUCUUCAUCAUCUGAGUCUUCAUCAGAGUCGUCUUCAGGGUCCACCGUCUCGUACCGCAGCUCCAACAGUGUGAAGAGAGGGCCAACUAAAGGAUCUGAUGAUGAGAGGGAGUCAGUAGGGCCAAGUAAAAAGGAUAGCAAGAAGAAGCAGAAGAAAAUGGACAGUUUGGUGAUGAAGUACCUCUACAAGCCAGACAGUGACUGAGCCCACACAAGCAGCCCUCCCGUGUGCCAGAGCAACCCGGUUUUGGGCAGAUCUGAUGAGGAAGACGAGGUGGACAAAGACUCCAGCAGGCAGUCCCCGAGGCACAGCAACACCAUAGACCAAACUGAGGUCACAUAAUGCUUCCAGACACAAAACACAUAAUUGUACUCUACAAACUUUUCAGCGCCUCUAGAGACAAGGCCAUUUUUACACCAUCAUUUGCUAUUGUCAAACAUACACUGCAACAUGAGAGCUAUCAAAGCAACUUCCUGUCACUACUUUAUGCUAAAAAAGCAGAUUUAAAGGCAACUUUUAAGCUCUCGCCUGAACUGUACUGUCAGAAUGUUGAGAUAGCUUCGCCAAGAGGAUUUAGAUAAGCCUUAACCAAGAAGGGCCAACCAACUAUUAGGAGCGCUCUUAUCUCCCUGUACUUAAUGUGGAGGAAUUAACCCAUUUGCUAUUAAUGACCAUCCUCUAAUGGGCAGCAGUUACAUGUACUGAUUGUUCACGGGUCAAGAUCUAAGCCGUAUGUAUGACAUGUGAGAUAUUUAUCAUUGAAAGCAAUUGGCACUGGAUGUUGAUGGCUAAUAUGAAUUUAUUUUAAAGAAAUUAUCUAUGUUGUAAGUAUUUUGAGUAUGCAUUUAAUAUUAGAGUAUUUUAAAGUAAGAUUUGAAAAUGUAUUUCUAGGUAAGGUUUUACUGGUUCACAACUUUGUUUUUAAUAUUAUUGUAGAAAUGAAUUUGGUGAAGCAGAGGGAUACAUUAUUUCCCUAAGCCCUUUUUUUAAUUACUGCAGUCCUGCUAAAAUAGAAAAUAAAAACAUAUCAGACAAGUUGAGAACCACUGAAACAGUUAAAUAUAUAAUGUGUUAUUGCAGCAUUUUUGAUAUCAUUGAUGCAAAAAAAACUUUAUGGAGUGACUUUCCAGCAACUUUAUGUUUUUAAUAAGUUUUUGACUUGCCUUCACCUUUAGUUAAAUAGGCACAAAAAAUCUAUAUUUUUUGAGGCUUGUUGUGAACCUUGAAAUAAGGCCAAAUUGAUUUGAGCAAUAAAACUUGGUCCUUCCAAUUUGUGGUGCCAAACUGAAUAUAUUUACAAACUAACUUACUUUACAAAUGUAUAAAGAGCUCAACAAAUAAUAAUCUAUAGACUCACUGUAACACCUGCAACGGCUUCUAUAAUGUAUGAUUAAAAAGUUGUAGAGUAAAACUGCUCAAAGUAAAAGGUGAGACUAGUUUUGUAAAUAAAUAAACAUAUGAAUAAAUACAAGUUUGAGUGAGUUACCAUUACAGAGCAGAACCACUUUUAAAAACACCUUUGUACCAAUGUAAUUUUCUCCUCCAAUUCACAUCCUGUAUCUGAUUUCAGAGCUGCAAACAGAAUUGUACAACGAAGCAUGCAGCAUUUGGCCUUAUGGAAUAAUAAUGACGAUCUAGAUAACGUGACCUUAUGAAUUAUAAACUCUAUUUAAAUACACACAGGUAGAUAUUAAUGGAGGCCGCGCCCUAUAUUUGUGCAUAAACCCACUAAAGCCUCAAAUGUCUGACUUCCUAUUUGCAUAUCUUCCCAGUAGAAGGUAAUCUGCAUUUCAUGUCUGCUUUCUUUGUCUGUUUUAGCCUCAGAAUAUUCAUGUGAAAAUGCUGAAAACUUUGAUGUGAGAGCCUCUUAAUAGAGAGGGGUUAAGUAGGUAAAAAUAGAACAAGUAUUUAUUGAUUUUUUCAUACAAAGUGACAUCUUAAAUUGUUGUUCAUUUAAAUCAUCUGUUACCAUGACCUUGAGAGUGAAUAAAUACAGACUUUGGUUUACAAG